GCGGGCGGGCGCCCAGGAGGUGGGGCCGCGCCGAGGCGCAGUCCCGGGCCCGCCGCCGCGCUGCGCACCGCCCGGUGCCGGCCUGCGCCCCUGCCCGCGCCCAUGUGAGCUGCGCCCCGGACGCCGCGGUCCGAGCUGGCCGUGCGGCUCGUGGAUUUCAAAGCCCUCAACCCCCUCAAAAAAAAAAAAAAAAAAGAAAAGAAAAAAAGAAAAAGGAAAAAACCAGAACCGAUUCUGGCUGCGCGGAGGCUCGUCGGCUCGCGACAUGCAUCCCUCCGGGUAGACUGCACAUCCCUCGCGGCAUCCCCGCCCCGCGCGCCGUGCGAAGAGGAUCCGGGUUGGAAUCUGCGCCCCCGGUUCUCGUCCCCGCCCCGUCCCGCCGCCCCCUCCCGCUCCCGGAGUCGAAAUUUCCCCGGGAUUAUGUGUCGGAAAGGUAGGUGAGCGCCGGGCGCGCCGCCCCGGACAGGCCCCCGCGCCGCGCCGCCGCGCCGGCACCCGGGGGCAGAGGCUCGCCGCCGACGCGGACGGCCCCCGGCUCGCCCCUCCGCCCUGUUUUCCGUUAGGAACCAAGCGAGGAAAUUCAUGCACCGGCUGGGAGUCGCCCGCGCCGGGGCGCCGCGCUACCAGGUGUAGGGAGAGAGUGAGGGCUGGGGCGUCUGGGGACCCCCCGGAGUCCCCGCCGCCUCCCCCGGAGGCGCUUCUUCAUUGCUGCCCUCGGGGCGGACGGAGUGAGCCCGACCCGCACGCCCCGCGCCGACCAUGGUAGUGUUCAAUGGCCUGCUUAAGAUAAAAAUCUGCGAGGCCGUGAGCUUGAAGCCCACUGCCUGGUCACUGCGCCAUGCAGUGGGGCCCCGGCCACAGACUUUUCUCCUCGACCCCUACAUCGCCCUCAACGUGGAUGACUCGCGCAUCGGCCAGACGGCCACCAAACAGAAGACCAACAGCCCGGCCUGGCACGACGAGUUCGUUACCGACGUGUGCAAUGGGCGCAAGAUCGAGCUGGCCGUCUUCCACGAUGCCCCCAUUGGCUACGAUGACUUCGUGGCCAACUGCACCAUCCAGUUCGAGGAGCUGCUGCAGAACGGGAGUCGCCACUUUGAGGACUGGAUUGAUCUGGAGCCAGAAGGAAAAGUGUAUGUGAUCAUCGAUCUCUCGGGAUCCUCGGGCGAAGCCCCCAAAGACAAUGAAGAGCGUGUAUUCCGGGAACGCCUCCGGCCCAGGAAGCGGCAAGGGGCUGUCAGACGCAGGGUCCACCAGGUCAACGGCCACAAGUUCAUGGCCACCUACCUUCGGCAGCCUACCUACUGCUCACACUGCAGAGACUUUAUCUGGGGUGUCAUAGGAAAACAAGGAUACCAAUGUCAAGUUUGCACUUGCGUGGUCCACAAGCGAUGCCAUGAGCUGAUAAUUACGAAGUGUGCUGGAUUAAAGAAACAGGAAACUCCUGACGAGGUGGGCUCCCAGCGCUUCAGCGUCAACAUGCCCCACAAGUUUGGGAUCCACAACUACAAGGUCCCCACCUUCUGUGACCACUGCGGCUCCCUGCUCUGGGGCCUCCUGCGACAGGGCUUGCAGUGCAAAGUGUGCAAGAUGAAUGUUCACCGGCGCUGCGAGACCAACGUGGCCCCCAACUGUGGAGUGGACGCUAGAGGGAUCGCAAAAGUGCUGGCAGACCUGGGCGUCACCCCAGACAAAAUCACCAACAGUGGCCAGAGGAGGAAAAAGCUUAUCGCCGGUGCAGAGUCCCCGCAGAUGGCAUCUGGCAACUCACCAUCGGAGGAAGAUCGAUCCAAGUCUGCACCCACCUCCCCGUGUGACCAGGAAAUAAAAGAACUUGAAAACAACAUCCGGAAGGCCUUGUCAUUUGACAACCGAGGGGAGGAGCAUAGGGCAGCGGCGUCCUCAGGUGAUGGCCAGCUGGCAAGCCCCGGAGAGAACGGCGAAGUCCGGCAGGGCCAGGCCAAGCGCCUGGGCCUGGAUGAGUUCAACUUCAUCAAGGUGUUGGGCAAAGGCAGCUUUGGCAAGGUCAUGUUGGCAGAGCUCAAAGGCAAAGAUGAAGUGUAUGCUGUGAAGGUCCUGAAGAAGGACGUUAUUCUCCAGGACGAUGACGUGGACUGCACGAUGACGGAGAAGAGGAUUUUGGCUCUGGCUCGGAAACACCCGUACCUAACCCAACUCUACUGCUGCUUCCAGACCAAGGACCGCCUCUUUUUUGUCAUGGAGUAUGUAAAUGGUGGAGAUCUCAUGUUCCAGAUCCAGCGCUCCAGAAAAUUCGAUGAGCCUCGUUCCCGAUUCUAUGCUGCAGAGGUGACGUCAGCUCUCAUGUUCCUCCACCAGCAUGGAGUCAUCUACAGGGAUUUAAAACUGGACAACAUCCUUCUGGAUGCAGAAGGUCACUGCAAGCUAGCUGACUUUGGGAUGUGCAAGGAGGGGAUUCUGAACGGCGUGACGACCACCACGUUCUGCGGGACGCCUGAUUACAUUGCCCCUGAGAUCCUGCAGGAGUUGGAGUAUGGGCCUUCCGUGGACUGGUGGGCUCUGGGAGUGUUGAUGUACGAGAUGAUGGCUGGGCAGCCCCCCUUCGAGGCAGACAAUGAGGACGACCUGUUUGAGUCCAUCCUCCACGAUGACGUGCUCUACCCGGUCUGGCUGAGCAAGGAGGCCGUCAGCAUCCUGAAAGCCUUCAUGACCAAGAACCCCCACAAGCGCCUGGGCUGCGUGGCGGCACAGAACGGCGAGGACGCCAUUAAGCAGCACCCCUUCUUCAAGGAGAUCGACUGGGUGCUCCUGGAGCAGAAGAAGAUCAAGCCGCCCUUCAAGCCUCGCAUUAAAACCAAAAGAGACGUCAAUAACUUUGACCAAGACUUUACCCGGGAAGAGCCGGUCCUCACCCUGGUGGAUGAAGCCAUCGUGAAGCAGAUCAACCAGGAGGAAUUCAAAGGCUUCUCUUACUUUGGUGAAGAUUUAAUGCCCUGAGAAGCCGCCCCAUGUGGAGUUUUGUGAUGCUGCAAGUAGGGGUUGUUGCUGCCUUGAGGAUUCCAGGUUUCCAGAAGCUUUGAUGGCCUGAACUACUUCUCCUUGGAACCCCAGUCCCUGUCCACUUUCUAUUUAUUGCAUUCCCUUACCCUCAGCGUCUCCUCCCACUGGUGACCAGAAGCAUUGUUGUUCUUGUCUCAUGAGCAACGUACAAUCGUGUUGGUUGGCAGUGCAGGUUGGGUACCCUGCCGUGUAUGGUCUCUUGGCAAGCCCAGUUGUUCUUGGGGGCUACUGGCAGUGAUGGAACUUCAGUUCUUUUAUUGAAAAGAGGAAAAAACAGUGAAGAUGACUCUGGCUCUGCUACUGGACAGAGAGUCCCAGCAGCUCUCAUUUCUCUUCCCUCCCACCCCCCACCCUGGCCUGCCUCCCUUUGCCUACUGUCCAGAAGAGACUGGUGCCUCCUCAGCAUCCCUGAGGAUGAGAGUGGGCAUCCCUGAGGCAUGCCUGUGUGGGAGCAAGAGAUGUCAGGCUUAGUGCCCAUGUUGGUUUGCUCCGGGAAUUGCUUGUUCUUGCUUGUUUUGGUUUUAGCUGUGGGCUAUGCCGGAGCUGUGUAAGCAAGUAUCCUGUGGAAGGAAUUGCUCUUCAUAAAAAAAGCUAAUUUGAUUCUUAACCUUAUUAAAUAGUUGAAUUCCACCCCCCCCCCCAAAAAAAAAUUGCUUUCUAAUUGGCCAGAAGAUGUAAAUCCCCAUGUACAUGUAGGUAGAUAUUCAAGGGCUAACAUAUGAUAAGAAAGCAAUUGUUCAAGGUUUAUUAAUGCUUUAGUGGCACAUGGGACUAUGUAAAUCGAAAGAAAAGGCAGCAAACAAGUUAUAUUCCUCGUUAUUGAAGUUCUGCCUCAGUGCAAAGGCAUCCACCCCGAUGGACUGAACCCUGGUUUCUAGCAAAAUAUGACUCCCUAAUUCUCUUUCCAAUUUCAUCUUAAAUUCCCAUCAUAAAUUCUUAUUUAUUUUCUGUGGUGCAGUCAUUUUCAUGCACUUUUACAAAAUGGUAGUACUACUGUGUCGUGGUUUUGAAACAUGAGACAUGUAAGAUUAAAUAUGAAAUAUCUGCUUUGAGGACAAGCAGGAUGAGGCUGAACAAGAGUUUUGCAGAAGCUGCGAGAUUGAAGAGCAACUUGUUUGAAAACUGGCCGUGUGGCCAAGAGUAACUUGGAGUUUUGUUACCGUGCGGCGUACGAUGGCAGCUCCUGUGGACACUCUGAAUGGCAGUGCGUCACCUCCUGUAGAGAUGCUCCCAGUGUGACAGUCUAUUUCCAAGGGUUGUCUGUGGCUUUGUGUAUAUGUUUUCUGGGGGUUAUUUGAAUAUCUAUUUUCCUGAACUGAUUUAGCAGGGAAUGGAAUCCAUUCCACCUGUUGCACGUAGAUUUCCCAGCUCCCCUACAUAUAUAAAUUUGUGAGUGGCAAAGUGGCACUAAUGAAGCUUUUUUGCCUUUUGUACAUUUGAGAUUUUUUUGUAUAUAGUGUUUGCUGCAAGGCCUGUGGAAUUAAUUCAUUGAAUUUAGAGGUAUCACCUACUGCAUGUUCAGGCAUAUUAUAAAACUUUAGUCUAUGAAAGAAUGAUUCUAAUAAUGUCCAGGUGCAAUACUCUGUAUGUGUAUUGGUUCAAGUUACCGAAAGAUAAAGUGUUUCUUUUUUUUGGGAGGGGUGGGGCAGGGGGUUGGCUUCUUUGUAUUAUUUCAUUUGGUUUAUUUUAAAAGAUGUAAACAUACAUUAAGCUAUAUUGAAUCUCACAUAUAGUUCUCCUGUGCUCUAUUGUGCCCUGAUGGAGAUAGGAUGAGAAAGGAAUGUUCUCGAUGAUCAUUUCAAAGCUUGGACAGCAGCUCGCUUGAGCCCAGUGGAGAGCUGGUGUUCACAUUCGUAUCUGGCCGCUUAGAGCCUUUGUGACGAAUGACGACAUUCAGUUCUCUUGUGUUUUUUUAUUUUAUUUUUUUAAAAACUCAGGUGUAAUUAUUAUCUGUUCUUAGGAUAAUUUCAAAUAUCACACUCUAUUCCUUUGUGUGUUCGGCCGUAUCCGUGAAGUAAUGAAAACCAGGAGGGUUAAUUUAAUUUAUCUUCGGUAACUUGAUGUACGGGGGAGAGAUUAUCUUCUGGAGUUGAGUACAAGCACAGGAACAUCUUCAUAGUUGCAUCAUCUCAUCUUUUUUUUUUUUUUAAGGAACGUGACGAUUCUGCCCACUCCCUCCAUCCCAACCCCAUGCAUCACUACUGCACCGUCUCCUCUGCUUCCUUCCAACUUGAAACCAGCCAGCACCACCUACCCCAGGACCCAGCAGUUCCUGUAAGGCUGGCGGGUGUCUCACACCCAAGGCCUGGGGUCCAGGCUCCAGGACAGCUGGCAUCUAAGCUGGGAAGUCAAAUAAUAAUACAUUCCCCUAGCAGCUCCAUCAGUGAGUCCUCCAGUUCAGACAUGCCCCCUCUCAGCACCCCACAGACCCCAGCUGCUGGGGCACCCCACCUGCGUGGAUCUGGAGCUGACCAAGUUCUCCUGGGGGUAGGUUCAAAUCCCCUGUUGUCUAUAAGAUAAAGCUGAAGCGUUCCUGGAGAAUUCAUCAUUUCCUUUUAGUUCUCACCAGAGUUUGGAAGUAGACACACUGUUCCAUUUCUGCCUCUUCUUUCUCAUCUUUCCAAACUCUCUCUCUCUGUCUCUCUCUCUCUCUUUCUCUCUCUCUCUCUCUUUCUCUUUUUUAAAGAAAAAAAAGAGUGCAAAAACAAAAGCCAAAAAAAAUAUCUGAAGGAUAGUUGUUUUCCUGUGUUCUCUCAUUAUGGACUUUGUGAAGUGGAAACAUAAUUUUUCCUUCAAAGGUGAAAAAAAAAUGCAUUCUUGCUUUAAAAAGAAAAAAAAGAAGGCUAAAAAGUUACCUCUUUUUAAAUUAUGUGCAAAAGAAUUCUGGCUAAAUAUAAAAUGUAUUAAAUUUUAGGGUGUUUUUUUUGUAUCGUGAUGCUUUAUUGUACUUUUUUUUUCUUUCUGGAUGUAAUUUUAAUCUCUUGCCAUUCAUUAGUGUUAUUUCAUCGUAAACAUUAUUGUGCCAAAUGUACUGUAUUCAAAAGGAUGUGAAUGUGUAUUGUUACAGAACCUAAUAAAUACAAUGAUGUUAAAUCUUA